GUAGUUGGCUGUUGACUGUGAGAGAGGGAGGGUGUACCGCGCUGAGACCUGGUGUGUACUAUAAAUUAGUUUUAAUGGAUUUCCCGCUUAGAUACUAAGUGAAGCAAGGCUCAGUGUGGAUACUAAAAGCAGGGCGUUUUUGGUGAGGUGCUCCAGGCGGCCGUCCAUCCAACCCUGCCACCAAACAUGGGCAGACGACGUCUGGUGACGGGCGCGGCAGUGACGGCGUUGCUGCUGGCAUGCCUGUCGGGAACAGCUUCAGGAUUCUCCCAAGGGGCACCAGAUACCACCUGCAAUAGCAUAGAGCCUUUACAUGGAGUCUCUAGGCAGACCACACCGGCGCCCUACACCAUCACGCCCUCAGUCGUUGAGAUAGAGGGCGGAAAGCAGAUGGAGGUGACCCUGGAGGCUGGUCAAGGGGUGUCCUUCAAAGGGUUCCUGGUGCAAGGGCGGAGCGCCGAGACCCAGGACGUGGUGGGGACUUUCUUCACGGCGGACCACAAGUACCUUAACUGUAACAACGGCAUGAACAACGCAGUCACCCAUCGAGGACCAACUAGGAAGUCCAAAGUAAUACUGAAGUGGGAACCUCCAUCUGACUUCUCCGGCGAUGUUGUCUUCACUGGAUCCUUCGUGCAAGAGAGGACAGUGUUCUGGGUGGGUGUCACCUCGGAGAAGGUGACAGUCAAGAGGUCAGCCCCUGCACCUCCAGCCCCAGAAACCACCACCACCACCACCACCACAACCACUACUACUGCUGCACCUGCUAAAGCUGCCAGUCUAGAGAGGGACCUGAUCAACAUUUAUGAUGACUGUGGCAGUAGCAAGGGCUGCUUUGGCUUUCCUGCAGAGUGUGAAGCAAAUAAAAAGUGUACCAUGUUGGUGACGUACUCCAAGGUGUCUUCUGGCUACAAGUUUGAGAUUGUUGGCAGCACCACCACAGGCUACGUGGCUGCUGGCUUAUCUGAUGACGAGAAGAUGGGCGAUGACAGCGUGAUGGUCUGCCUGGCAUCCACAGGGGCUGAUUCAGGCCCAGAUGUUGUCAUGGCUUUCAACAAUGGCAGAAGCAAUGAGAUGCUUGUGGAGAAAAAGUACGGCCUGAGUGACAUACAAGCAGCAGUGGUGAAUGGUCAAGCAUACUGUACAUUUGUCCGGGAUGCUUCCACUGAAAUCUCUGGGAUUGUGUUUGACCUUGAUAAAGAUCGCUUCCAUCUUAUGGUGGCCACUGGACCUGUUAACCCUAAUGGACUAAGCUACCAUGAUAAGCGCACUGUCUCAUCAGGGACAGUUGCAUUAGACUCUUUUGAGACAGCUGAGUCUCGCAGUGACCUCUUCCGCACCCUCCAUGCCUGCUUCAUGGUGGGUGCCUGGAUAUGUGCAGCCUCCUGUGGUAUCAUGGUGGCUCGCUAUUUCAAGAAGACCUGGCUAAAGAGUCGCUCUUGUGGCAUUGAUCAGUGGUUCCAUCUUCAUAGAUUCUUCAUGGGCCUCACCUGGUCCCUGGCUAUAGCUGGAGUAGUCCUCAUCCUGUAUUACCUCAAUGGAUGGAAAGACCUUGAUUCUCGAAACAAAGAACAUGCUAUUUUGGGAGUUGUAUCCACAGGCCUGUGCUUCAUCCAGCCCUUCAUGGCACUGUGCCGAUGCAGUCCCACACACAAGCGUCGGCCAGUCUUCAACUGGCUUCACUGGUUUGUUGGUAACUCAGCUCAGAUUUUGGGCAUUGCUGCAAUCUACUUUGGCUUUGGGUUGAUUGGUGCUCCUACAUGGGUGGUGUUCAUCCUCAUCAUCUUUGUAGCCUUCCACUGCCUCAUACACCUACUUCUCUCGAUUGGGCAGUGCAUCAGUGACUCGAGAGCAGAAUCCAGUAGCAACGUAUAUCCCAUGAAGGAGCUGAAUGGCAGUCGCACUCCACUUCAGCCCUCGGAGAAGAACACAGAUGCUCCAGGUGCUGGCUUCCGCAAGGUGAUGCUGUUCUUCUAUUUCCUGGGGAAUUUCCUCAUCACUGCAGCCCUCCUCCUUGUCAUCACAGUGGAUGAAAAGACACUCAAGGAAUGGGGAGUCAUCUUUUGGGAGUAAUGAGUGCCAGAUUUGAGGGAGACCUACAGGAUGGAGUGAUCUGAAUGGGCAAUUUCUUGAGUUACCCUUUUUGUGUUUGUGGUUUCUAAACAAAUAGAAAGUGUGGAAAGGCAUCAUUCUAUGUGUUUCCAUGAAAUGCUGUACCCAAGACCUACUGCAUUACCAGGCAGGUUGAGGGGAAGGAGUGAAGAAUGUGAUACAGUUUUUGCUGUCCGAAACCUGAUGGGAAAGUAUAGUAUAUAAUAUUGGUAGUGGGAGUGCAUUACCUCACUUCUGCUAGAUGCUACUGAUUCCAGUCAGGAUUCUCCAUUUCUUGUGCCUGUUAGUGUGAGAAUAUUGCAUUAUAUGAAAUUUGUAUUCUGCUUUAUACAGUUUUAUUCUGUGUGGCAAAUACUCAGUGGUGAAAAAACAAAACAUUUUGAUCACAAAAACAUUCAGUAUUGAUAACUUUCUGAAGGAGUGGAACAAUUUUGGUAAUAAGACCUGAACUUUCAUAGUGGAGCUAUCCUGUAAUCCUCUCAUUCUUCUCUAAUCCUUUAUCUCAUGUACAGUAAUCUGCCACUGUGUCCUCUCAUUUCACUGAGAUUAUCCUCACAUCCACCAUGGGCCAAAUAAUUGAAUAGACUUCUGUCUUACCACUACAAUGUCAGUCUUAGAUAACCUUUCUAGAUCCAUACCUUAUCACAACACACACACACACACACACACACACACACACACACACACACACACACACACACACACACACACACACACACACACACACACACACACACACACACACACACACACACACACACACACACACACACACACACACACACACACAGGCGCACGUGUGUGUGUGUGUGUGUGUGUGUGUGUGUGUGUGUGUGUGUGUGUGUGUGUGUGUGUGCUGUAUACUAAAACCAGAUUUAUUCUCAUACAUUAUAGUAUUUUUUUUUUCUUUUUAAUUAUAUGUAAGUUGUAAUUUGAAUAUUCCCUAUGUAGGUGAGGCAGAGCAGAGCACUUCCUCUCCCUUCACUUGCACUUAACAUACUAGAGUGGCUAAAGCUGUUCAUUUACAAGCCUUCAUGUAGCACUUGUAGACUAGCAGAGUGAAGGCAUAGGAGGAUGCUGUGCUGUCCCACCUCAUCACACUGAAAGAUAUUUUAGGCAAAAGUGAAAGCAUAAUAUAUGAAUAUUUUUAUAUGAAUGUUUAUAGUAUUUUUAGUACAUAUUAAAAAAUAAGGUUGAAUUCCAAGUGCACAGCUCAAAAGAUUGUUGACAUGAAAUGGAGAAGUAACAUUUUUAGAGAUAUUCAUUCCAUGUCAACUUCUGUCCUCACCUCCAACAUACCAUUAUUGCAGCACAGCAAGCCAUAUACACACUAGUCUACUACAGUACUACAACAUAACACUGACACAAAAAGAAAUCACAUCUCGAUAUUAAUAUAUGCACAAUAUUCACACCUGUCUAUAGGCAUCUGUUGUAGUAGCAUAAGAAGUUAUAUUUAAAUGUCUGCAGCCUCCACUUCCACCAAACUUCUAGCUGAGAAAAUACUGAGGGAAUAAUAAUGUACUUGACAUCCCUCAGUUAAGAGUCAGGUGAAGCCUUAUAGUCCAGGAAUAGAACUUAGAUAUUGUAACUUAUAAUAAUACAUUCUUGUGCCACUACAAAAGACAUCUUAUGAUGGGUGUGAAAUAGCACUCCACAUACUAAAAAUGAAUCACACCUUUGCCUACAGCAACAUACCUACUAUUCACAACUCAGUCUGUUCACUGCAGCACACACAGCACUUUGCUUCGCCAAGCAUUCUGUUAUAGGUCUGUCAUUUUGUCUUUGUAAACCUCAUUAGAGCUCAACACUCGAUGGUUGUGUUUUAAUUUUCAAAUUUGUGGAAACAGCAUGCAUUUUUAAGCCUUUUCCUCUCAUUUUAUGUAAGUUUUACAGACAUGUAUUUAUGAAACAUUAUUUUGUGGGUCUUUACUCAUUAUCUGUAUAUACUGUAUGUUGAAUUUGUAAUUAAACAAAACAGAUAUGCAAUGUAUUUAUAUGUCAAAUAGUGUCUAUAGUUUGUGUGGUGCUUGUAUGUACAGUACCUCACAAUUUGAUUUAGGAAGCCUGCUGUAAACCUUCUUUAUGUAUAAUGGUGCAAAACUAGAUGUGAAUAACAUGUCACAUAUAGUGUUCUGGUGUAUUCAUUGUACUGAGAAGUCUCUCUCUCUCUCUCUCUCUCUCUCUCUCUCUCUCUCUCUCUCUCUCUCUCUCUCUCUCUCUCUCUCUCUCUCUCUCUCUCUCUCUCUCUCUCUCUCUCUCUCUCUCUCUCUCUCUCUCUCUCUCUCUCUCUCUCUCUCUCAUUUAUAAUAGAAAAAAAAUUCUCCCAAGAGAAUCAUUACCCUGGUAGACUAUCAUUUAAAGAUUUUUACCAAAAGAUCCAGUUUCAAAUAUUUUCAUCCUUACCUUUGCCUUUUAAGAACUAUUUGUAUUUUUUUUCUGAAUUCUUUAUCAUGAAAACAUAAAUAUGAA